AUGGCAUCUCCAAUUAUCACAUCGAAUUCCGACUUGGGCUUCUCAACUGAGGCCAGCAAAGCAGUUGUUACUCAAACCCGGCCCUUGGCGACAAACCUUGGAGACAGCAUUUCCAAACCAGCCAUUGCCCGAGCCAACGCAGCCGUAUCCAGGGAAAAUCCUAAUGGGACGUUUCCUGCCCGAUUUCAGGAAUAUACCCCGCUACAACAGCAUAUUCUGUUUUGGGAUCGAGACGCAGAUGGCAAGAUUUCCCCGUACGAUACCUAUAUUGGUUUCCGGGAAUUGGGGUUUAACAUCCUCUUUUCCAUCAUUGCACUUCUGAUCAUUAAUGUCAACUUCUCCUACCCGACCCGGUUGGCGUAUUCGUGGUUCCCGGAUCCGUUCUUCAGAGUCUACGUUAGUAGCGUACACAAGGCAAAACAUGGUUCUGAUAGCGGCACAUACGACAACGAAGGCCGAUUUGUCCCCCAAGCCUUCGAAAACCUUUUCGCCAAGUACGAUAAAAAAUGCGACGGUACCCUCACACUUACCGAGAUCUUCAACUUAAUGAAAGGUCAACGAGUCGCAGCAGAUCCUUUUGGAUGGGGCGCAGCAUUUUUCGAAUGGGGAACGACCUGGUUACUACUGCAAAGAAGCGGAAAGGUCUAUCGAGAAGACCUUAGGCAGUUAUUUGACGGCUCCCUGUUCUGGAGGAUCCGAGAGACACGUAUAAAGACGGGCCAUUGGCAGCAAGGUUUCGGCAUUGGUGGAGAUGGAUACUUGGGAUCGGUUCAUGUCUCUUGA